AUGGCUUUUAAUGAUAUCCUUGAGUCACUAGGUGGGGUAGGGUACUUUCAGAUAUUGCACUCAAUUCUUCUCCUGGUUCCUGUGGCACUCCUAGCUUCCCACAACCUUCUUCAAAACUUCACAGCAGCGGUGCCUGCUCACCAUUGCCGCCUGCCUAUCAACACUGCUCUCUACCAAGGUCAAGUCAAUACAACUAACUAUUCAGACCAAGCUGAACUGUUGGACUUAUUUAUCCCAUUUAACCAGGAUCAGAGACCAGAGAGAUGUGUUCGAUACAUAAGAAUCCAAGGACAACAUUUUCCAGUUAAUGUAACAGGCAAAACAAAGAAAGAGUUGAGCACAGAACAUUGCAGGGAAGGAUGGGUGUAUGAUAAAACAGUCUUCACCUCAACCAUUGUUACAGAGUGGAAUCUGGUUUGUAACCAUCAGUCCUGGAAGCUAGUUGCACGUUCAAUCUACAUGACUGGUGUGCUUCUAGGGGCUCUUGUGUUUGGUAAUCUUGCUGACAAAUUAGGUCGAAUGGAAAUCCUUACCUGGUCUUACCUUCAGAUGGGAAUUGCUGGCAGCUGUGCAGCAUUUUUGCCCAGUUUUGAUGCUUACUGUGCUUUCCGUUUCCUUUGUGGCCUAGCAUCUUCCGCUAUCUCAGUAAACACCAUCUCCUUAAUCUUGGAGUGGAUGCCUAAAAGAGGACGAACUCUGGCCGGGAAUUUUUUUGGCUUCUCAUAUUCAUUGGGACAGUUAAUCCUUGCUGCUGUCGCAUACAAGAUCCGAGAUUGGCGAUGGCUCCAAUUUGCUGUUUCAGCUCCAUUUUAUGUCUUCUUCAUCUAUUCCUGGUGGCUACCAGAAUCUGCUCGUUGGCUUAUCGUUCAAGACAGACCCCACCAAGCUUUAAAAAACCUUUGCAAGGCUGCACGUUUCAAUGGGAAGUUAAAAGAGAGUAGGAAACUGACUGCAGAGAUAUUACGCUCUGAAAUGCAGAAAGAAAGCAAGGAAAUAAGAUCAUCUCACUCGGUAAUUGACCUUGUGCGCACUCCAGAAAUGAGACGUAUGUCCGUGUGCCUUAUUUUCAUAUGGUUUUCUGCAAACCUUUCCUACUAUGGGUUGAGUAUGGACCUGCAAAAUUUUGGCCUUAGCAUUUUCCUGGCACAGGCGUUGUUUGGAGGGGUGGAGAUGGUGGCCAAAGUUCUUGUCAUGGUGGCAAUGACUUUUGUGGGAAGACGUGUCAUGCAGUUUUUGACCCUUGUUCUAGCUGGAGUUAUGGUUAUGUCUUAUGGCUUUGUACCUCAAGAUAUGCAGCUGGUGUGUACAGUCCUCGCAGUGACUGGAAAGGCGUUAUUGGCAUGUUCUGUAACAUGCAUGUACCUGUACACGGGAGAACUUUACCCCACUGAAAUAAGACAAACUGGAAUGGGCUUCAGUGCCAUGAAUGCUCGACUUGGCUCAGCUGUUGCCUCACUUCUUCACCUGACAGGAGAGUUUUCCUCCUCUCUGCUCCCUAUGAUUUUUGGGGUCACCCCUAUAGUGGCUGGUCUAUUUUCCUGCUUUUUGUUUGAGACCAGAGACUCCCCACUUCCAGACAUUAUUGGCGAUGUAGAAAGCCGACAUCACAACAGAAGAAGAUACUGAUUUGAGAAGAUACUCUCAAAUCACAGAAGUCAAGACACUGACAUGCAAUAAAUAUACUGCAGAAGACAAGGCCUUAUCAUGCAUCAUAUAUUUUGAAGAUGACUCAUAA